AACGCGAGAGAGCGUAAAAAGAAAACAUGUUACAUCGAUAAAGAAGGACAAAUUAAAAGUACAAUUUUUAUUAUGGGAAAAAGCCAGGAAUACCGUUGUGGACGCAAACAGAAAUAUCGGGCUGAGACAUGAAUGGGAGACAUUCAAAGCGACAACCCCAUUCUUCUCUGAUUUAGAUAUGGCUUCAAUAGAAGAACUGGCUUCAAUGGAAGAACAGCUUUUGCAAGAAGUCGAAAGUAUGUUUGCAAGCGAGGAAGUCGAACGUAUGUUAGCUCUUGAGAAAGAAGAUAUUCAAGCGCAAGUGGAAGAAUAUUACAAGUACAAAGAGGAAUCAGGAACAUCAGUAGCUGAUCAAGCAGUGAUGCAGUGGGAGGCUUGA